AUGGAGCAAAACGGCAGCAGCUCCCAUUAUUCAAAAGCCCAAACUUAUCUCACUGCCUCUAAAUCAUUUCUUCAACACCGAAAUUUCCAAGACUCCAUUAAAUACGCUCUUAAAUCCCUUCAAAAUGACCCAAAUAACCCUUCCUCUUCACAAAUCCUCGCCAUAGCUAAAGUCCUCUCUUUUUCCUCCAUUGCCGAAGACCCAAAUUACUAUUCUGUCCUUGACCUUCCUCUUUAUACCCAAGAUCAACAACUGAUCAAAACUAACUUCACGAAUAUUACUAAUCUCUUAAACCCUAGUAGAAAUCAGUAUCCUUUCGCGUCCGAGGCUUUUCAGGUUAUACUUAAAGCUUGGUCUGUGCUUUCUAACCCGAUUCAUAAGACCCGUUUUGAUAAUGGGUUGAAAAAACGCGGGACUUUUUGGACUGUGUGUCCGUACUGUUACUAUGUGUAUGAGUUUUUUAAGGUUUAUGAGGAUUGUUUGCUGAGGUGUCAGAAUGACAAGUGUAAACGUGGGUUUCACGCGCUGCCUAUUGUGGGUCCAUCUCCGCCGGCUGACGUGGCGGAGAAGGGUGAGUAUUAUUGUUAUGGGUUCUCUGUUUUGGGUUUAGAAGGAGGAGGAAAGUCUUUGUGGUCACCUUUUGUGAAACAGAAUGAUGACGUGGCAGAGGAGGAUGAAUUUGAUGUGGAUGAGUAUUGA